AGAUCGCGGGGACCGCGAGGAGUGUCACAGGUAUAAUUGAUUCGACGAUCGACGUUAUCGGAACGCGAAAGGUAUGGCGUUAUUCUCCGGUGGCGGCAGCGGUGCCGGUGGUGGCGGCGGUGGACCGCCUAUUAAACCGGAAGACACCAUCCCUUCCAGGCAACGGAGCCUCAAGGAUCGGCUGCGAGAAGGAAUCACCGGCGGAUUCGCUUGGCAGAGUAAGAGUCGUAGUGUGGAUCAUGGAUUUACAGCACCCUUCGAUUUGGACGCUCUACGGAACAAGGUCGAAGGACGUUUUGAAUCUGUGGAUAAACUCUCGAGAGGAUGCUCCGACUUGGAAAUGUUAAUGGCGAUGAAAUUUGAUGGUCUAAUCAUGAUGGACUCACAGUGGGAAUACGCGGACUACGAGCCGAACAACAUUCAUAUCUACGAGAAAGAAUUUCAUGAUUAUGUUGUGUACUAUGUGGCGCAAGGAGACUCGCGGCUCUUCUCAGGCAGCUCGCAGCACUCAAGUACAGAUUCCGAUAACGAAAGCAAAGAUGGCUCCACGACACAGGAAAAGAAACAUGGCCGUGUCUCGCAGCCCAUCAAUACUAUUGCCUAUACGGUGGGUGAUAGAGACACGCUUACAUCAGUGGCAGCAAGAUUCGAUACGACGCCAUCCGAGCUGAGCAAAUUGAAUAGGCUCGGAAGUACUUUCAUUUAUUCCGGUCAGCAGUUAUGGGUGCCGGCGAAAGGAGAAGGACGUCCGGGAGGUGGAUCAACCGCAGAUGCGCCCAGUCCUGACCCUUGCCACGAUCACGAGUCUCAGGAUGACUUACCACCCGAAGAAAAAGAACUUCUGGAUAAUCUGAGACCAGUGUCACCAAAGCCAGGCCAUAUGGAACGUAUAAAAACACCUCUUGGAACAUCCAGCGUGGUUGCAGAUGAAGAUGAACAACCAUUCAGAGAAAGAUUUCUAAAAAUUAAUGUCAGGCAUAUCACAGAUGGUCAGGGUGUAGUCGGCGGUGUGCUGUUAGUUACACCAAACGCAGUUAUGUUCGAUCCAAACGUAUCUGAUCCUCUUGUUAUCGAGCACGGUGCUGAAUCUUAUGGAGUGAUUGCUCCCAUGGAAUUCGUAGUCAACGCUGCGAUUUAUUACGAUAUCGCACACAUGAGAGUCUCCCAUACCGAAUCCGGACAUUUAGAUAAAAAACCUGAAAUUUAUUACAUGAAAAAACCCCAAAUAGAUAAUCGUAAAUGUCAGUCUCCGGGGAAAGAUGAAAAUUUCCCUGAAUUAGCAGGCGAUGAUAGCGAAAGUGUAUGUAGUUGUGCCGAGAGAGACGGCGAUGCUUUUCCAAAGGCCUUUGAGCGAGAGCUUGUCACUCCUACCAAUCUCCAGAAUGAGGAGAAUUUAACCUCAACCAAAGAUAAAGAGAAAGAGAAAGACAGUAAUGAGAAAGAAUUUUGCACUGGCGGCCAAGCUAGUAGAACUUUAGAGGAACGCAGACGUUCCAUGCUUGACCAUCAUUGGGCAGUUCCUAGCAAAGAUCGAAGUACAUUUUCAGUUGAUGACGAACAACAAGAUUCACUAAAUUCUGAUAAGCAGGCGGAACCACCAGCUAAAUCAAAUGCUAUUCCUGAGGACGAAGAAGGAUCUCUAGUCAAAUUGUCGUGCCAUGAUUCUGGUAUCGAUAUCCGUGAUCCUAAUCCACCUAUUCCAGUAGUACAGCCUAUACCAUCAAAAAAAGUUUACUCAGAUGCCGAUAUUGUUUUAUCCUCGGAUUGGGUUCCUCCAAUAACAAUAGCACCAACGAAUGUUACGAGUACAUUGGAAGCCAGUUCUGCUAUUAAUGGCAGGAAAAAAGCCAGCUCGGUGUCCUUUAGCUUAGAGAGUAACGCAGAAGAGCCCGAAAAGGAUGAAGAACACAAAGAGGAUGAUAAACAGGAAACUCGAAAGAAUAAGAUGCUAAAACGUCUGUCGUAUCCAUUGUCCUGGAUGGAAGGUUUAACUGGAGAGAAGGAUGAAGAGAGCAGUAAAUCCAUCUCUGACAAAAUGUCAAGCCUUCCAAACAGUGCGGAUUCCCAUCAUUCCUCUGUUUUCAGCAAAGUCUUCUCGAGAAACUCUUUCCUUAUUAUUAGACAGCAACCUUUAACAUCUUCUGGCAGCAGCAGCGUUGAUAGCAGUCGAGGUAGCAAAACUUCUACGACGGCACCUCGAUUGGAUUACCGCAGUAUGGUCUCGGUCGACGAUAUGCCGGAAUUAUUUGUGAGUUUCGACAAACUGAUUCCACGACCUGCUCGUUCUUGCGAGGACCCACCGUUGUACCUGAGACUGCGAACAGGAAGACCCAAGGACAAGAAGAUACCACGAUCGACGCCAAUUAUGAGCUACGGCAAGAAGAAACUGCGUCCCGAAUACUGGUUCAGCGUGCCACGCAACAGAGUGGACGAUCUGUAUAGGUUCAUUCAUGCGUGGGUGCCGAACCUAUACGGUGAAUUGGAUGAGAACUACUGGCGAGAACGUGGCUACAUCCUGUCCGACACCGACACUGACCUGUCGCCGGAACUGUCACCCCACGAAAGCGGCGAAGGCGCGGAUUCCACGGAGGAGAACAAGGCUCGCGAUGGACAAGGUGAUGACAUCAGCGAAUUGACAAGGGAGUCCUGGGAGGUACUGUCUAUGAGCGAGGAGUUUAGGCGAGCUCUUUACGCAAACAGUGCCAUUUCUCUGGACAACGACGUUAUCAUGCCCGAUCUCAUCGGCACGACGGAAAUACUCAGCGAUGAACACAGGGAACAGCUCUGUCGUCAUCUGCCCGCGAGAGCGGAGGGCUACCAAUGGACUCUCGUCUUCAGCACUAGCCAGCAUGGCUUCAGCCUCAAUAGCAUGUAUCGAAAAAUGGCUAAGGUCGAGAGUCCGAUCCUGUUAGUCAUUGAAGACACAGAGGGAAACGUAUUUGGUGCAUUGACCUCAUGCUCGUUACACGUGAGCGAUCACUUUUACGGUACCGGCGAAUCUCUGCUCUUCAGGUUUACGCCGAGGUUCCAGUGUUUCAACUGGACCGGGGACAAUCUGUAUUUCAUCAAGGGCAAUAACGAGAGCUUAGCAAUCGGUGCUGGAGAUGGCAAGUUUGGGCUCUGGCUAGAUGGUGAUCUAUAUCAGGGUAGGACACAAUCUUGCAGUACAUACGGCAACGAGUCGUUGGCGCCACGCGAAGAUUUCGUCGUUAAAACACUGGAAUGUUGGGCGUUCAUAUAGGACACGGCCUCAUAUUCCCAGCCUGUCACUCCUUCGCCAUCACCACAGCCUAAUUUAACCUGAACUUGUGAAUCUUACGAAGAUUUCGUCUCCAAGAGAGAUUAAAGGAAAACUAACUAUUCUAAGGACAUUGUCGGAAGAGUUGAGUCGGAUCAAUAUUGUCACGACACCAAUUAACUCUAUCACCAUUUGGGGAAAUCUCGCCCAGUGAUAGACAUGAUGAUUCUCCGAGGAGAGAAAUGAAUCGUCAAUGUCCGCACGAAGAG